UGAAAUGUUUUGUUUUGGUUCAAGAAACUCUUACUAUGGUUUUUGAUAAACAUGCUUGUGUGCAAUGUCCUAAGAGUCGGCAUAUUCAUGAACAUUCAGAUGGUGGCAACACUGGAUUGAAUAUGUCAACCAAGACCAACCGGUUGGUGGUGCAAAUGAUGGAUCCUCCUUAGCAGAAAUUUACGAUUCAUUUGGUUCAAGCAUGUUAAAAAGACCCGCUAUUAUUGAUAACUCUGACCUAAUUUACGAUGCUGCAUCAGAGGACUCUGGUAUGGGCAUUGAAAUUCACGAUACUCUUUUGGAAGGUCGUGAUUAUGUUCUGCUUCCGCAAGAAGUGUGGAACCAACUAUACUUGUGGUACGGCGGUGGUCCAACAUUGGCACGGAAGGUCAUUAGUGCAGGUCUUUCACAAACUGAAUUGGCCGUUGAAGUAUAUCCCUUACGCCUUCAAUUAUUAGAGGUGCCAAAGGGUGACCGCUCCACAAUGAGAAUAAGCAAGAAGGAGACAAUUGGUGAGCUUCACAGACGAGCUUGUGAAAUUUUUGAUCUUAACUUGGAACAAGUAUGCAUUUGGGAUUACUAUGGCCACCGAAAACAUGCUUUGAUGAAUGACAUGGAUAAAACUCUAGAUGAUGCAAACCUUCAGAUGGAUCAGGAUAUCCUGGUGGAGAUUAUAAACCAUGGAAAUAAUAAUGCAUCGGAUGGAUGUGCCAGUUACGUUCAGGACAAUGGAACAGCCGACAAGGAAGCUACUUCUAUUUCUUUAGAGCCUUCUAAGUCAAACUUAAACGUUGCAGGAGGUAUGUCUAACAAAGGAAUGUCUAAAACAGAAGUAGUGCAGAGUCAGAACCAGACUUCGUCAAUCAGAGAGUUGGAUAAUGCAUCUGGGCAUACUGGUGUUAGUACGAGGGGAUCUUCUUGUGGUUUAACAGGCCUUUUAAAUCUUGGUAAUACCUGUUUCAUGAAUAGUGCGAUUCAAUGCCUUGUUCACACACCUGAGUUUGCCCGAUAUUUUCGUGAGGAUUAUCAUCAGGAGAUUAACUGGCAGAAUCCUUUGGGCAUGGUUGGUGAGCUUGCUAUGGCAUUUGGUGACUUGCUUAGAAAGCUAUGGGCUCCUGGACGGACAUCCGUUGCUCCUCGUCCAUUUAAAGCAAAACUUGCUCGAUUUGCACCCCAAUUUAGUGGUUAUAAUCAGCAUGAUUCCCAGGAACUUCUAGCAUUUUUGCUUGACGGUCUACAUGAAGAUCUGAAUCGUGUAAAGCACAAACCCUAUAUUAAGUCCAGAGAUGCAGAUGGCAGACCUGACGAAGAAGUUGCAGAUGAAUAUUGGGCGAACCACAUUGCUCGUAAUGACUCCAUAAUUGUCGAUGUGUGCCAAGGCCAAUACAAAUCAACUUUAGUCUGUCCUGUGUGCAAUAAAGUUUCUGUCACCUUUGACCCAUUCAUGUAUCUUUCGUUACCACUCCAGUCUACCACGACCUGCACUAUGACAGUGACUGUUUUUACUUGUGAUGGAAGUAAGCUGCCAUCAACUUUAACUGUUACUGUACCAAAGCAGGGCCGGUGUAGGGAUCUAAUACAGGCACUUAACGGCACUUGUUCAUUGAAGCAAAAUGAAAAGCUUCUUUUGGCGGAGGUGCGAGACCAUUUAAUUCACAGGUUUCUGGAAGAUCCCUUGAUAUCAUUGUCCACAAUAAAAGAUGACAGCCAUAUUGUUGCCUACAAGAUUCCAAAGUUGACCAAGAAUACAAAAUAUAUUCAAUUAGUACAUCGGAGCCAGGAACAGGUAACUAGUGAUGCCCACAAAAUCUCAGGAUGGAGAGCUUUUGGAACUCCUUUAGUCUCAGUAGUCUCAUCUGAUGGUCCAGUGAGGAAGGUCUACCUUGAGAGAAUAGUUAAAAGAGUGCUCUCUCCAAUGGCGAAGAUAGGGACUUUGAUGGAUACUGAUGUAACUGAUUCUAGCAUGUCGCAUGCAGGGGAAGAUUCCGCUGAAACAUGUACAAGUUCAAUGAACAGUAACGAUCCAAAAUCUAAAGUAAUGGAACCUUUAGAAUUACCUCUUCAGUUGUUGAAUGAAGACAAUGUUUGCAUUGACCUAUCAAGUGGAGAAGAAGCUGUACAACUACCCUCAUCAUCAUCAGUCACAGUGUAUCUUGAUUGGUCUCAAAAGCUUCUAAAGAAGUUCGAUACUUGUCACCUAGAAAACUUGCCCGAAGUUUUCAAAUCUGGGCCUGUGUUGAAAAAAGCUCGAACUGAGCCGCUGUCCUUAUAUUCUUGUUUGGAAUCUUUUCUACGUGAAGAACCACUUGUUCCAGAAGAUAUGUGGUUCUGCCCUGAAUGCAAAGAGCGACGGCAAGCCAGUAAAAAGCUUGACCUGUGGCGGCUUCCAGAAGUGUUGGUCAUCCAUCUUAAAAGAUUCUCAUACAGCAGAUCGAUGAAACAUAAACUAGAAACAUUUGUUAACUUUCCGAUUCAUGACUUCGAGUUGACGAAUUAUGUAGCUAAUAAAAACUCCUCCCAACGUCAACUGUAUGAACUCUACGCUUUAACCAACCAUUAUGGUAGCAUGGGUAGUGGUCACUACACUGCACAUAUAAAGCUUAUCGAAGAAAACAGGUGGUACAAUUUUGAUGAUAGUCACAUAUCACUUAUAAAUGAAGAAGAAGUGAAGUCAGCCGCUGCUUAUGUCCUUUUCUAUCGGCGGGUGAAGACAGAAGAUGUAUCCGUUAGUAAUGGAGUCCAAACAUGUGCCUCAACUAAGAAAUAGAUGCCACCGAUCACUCUGCUUAUUUUUUCUUAAAAAAAUAUGGGAUUUCAGGUAUGAGUGCAUCGAAACUUUAUUUCAUAUAUACUCGCAACGCUUGUUCUGCUUUCAAAUACUUCCAGAAGCGAGUGAAAGCUAGAGAACUGUCCACUAUAAGUGGCUGUUUAGCAUAUGAACCUGUUGUGUGAAGUAAUGCAACCCACAUGGGAUAUUUGUCCCCAUCUUUUCAUAUAAAAAAAGAAGAAAGAAAUGGAACUAUAGAACCAUAAAUCUUUAAGAAUUUUCA